CGUCGCGCAUCGCAGACGCGUGCUCCGUGCUCCGUGUGCCGUAGUGUUACGCCCGUCGCUGCUCGUCGUGGUCCGCGCCACGUUUACGUCGUCGCCUGAUUUGUUGGAUUUUUUUCAGUGUUUGUUUUUCGCGUUUCUCUUCGUGCGCUGUUCGCGUACGCAUCCCUUGCCGAUCGGUUUUUACCGCCAAUUUCUCUCUCGAUUGCGGUUCGUGAGCUCAGGUACCGACACGGUGUCCAUCGCAUUCCACUUCUGCUGCGGCUUAUUCGAAGAGCGAUCAUUAUAGUUUGUGUAUGUACAGUCUGUUGAAUGCGAUGUGACAGAACGUUUGAGUACCGUAAUACGGUCUUUUUAAAUCGUUUUUUUCUACUAUGCGUUGUAUCCGCAUCAGUGACAAAAUGAACGAAGUCAAAUCAUCGCCACUGUGAGUGAAUGCAGUAGAAUUUUCAAGGAAGAAAAAUAGCACGAUAAUUAUUAUUGAUCAACUGCAUGAAUAUAUAGGUGACAAGUGCGUUUAUAAGGAUAACGAAACUUCGAUCGUUGCAGUUCGAUCAUGUCGCUGUCGCCAUUGUUGAUGGUAUUGACGAUACCGUCACCACUGCUGGUGCUGUUAUUCUGCAACGCUGUCGUAGUAAGCUCUCAGUUAGCAUGGACACAAAUCUACGUUGGUUCAAACAGCCAAGUGGACUUAUGGACACAAGAAUCACAAGGAUGCCAAUGCAAUCACGAUUUACUUAGACAAGAUUGCGCCUGCUGUGUACCACAGGGCGGAUGUCAAUGCGGAGCAUUAGCGGUGAACCGUUGUGCGCAAUGCGGUUUGGAGCAACAUUGCACUAACAUGUGCAACGUCACAAUAAAAGCCGAUAUGUUAUUGGCCCGUUCAAAUUCGACGUUCGGCCAGAUCAAAUCUCCCGCACUUUCAGGCCCGAAUUAUUGCUGGUACACGCUGGACCCCGGGUACGGCAAACGCGUGGAACUACAAGUGUACAGACUCCUCAAAACUGGCCAUUUCAACGGUUCCAGUUGCGUUUCGGGAUACCUAGAAUUGGUGGAUUCCUUUGGACAAGGAUCAGGACCCCGAAUAUGUGGCCAAAAUGAACGGUUAGCACCGCCAGUCGUCAUGUUUGCGGAUAGAGAAUCUGCAGUAUUGAAUUUCCGGAUUGAAGAAGCCACGUCUAGAUCACAAUUUUUGGCAUAUUUUAGCUUUACUUCGUUAACUAAUGUUCAUGGUCUAGCGUUCAGGCCCAAAGGAGGUAGAAGGAUAGAACACACGGUUUGCGAUUGGCUAUAUCAAGAUUUUUCUUGUAACAAAGACUCUUGUACGCUUGCAAGCCCUGGGUUUCCGGGAAUUUAUGGUACAAACCUUUAUUGCAAGUACCAUAUUACCACAAGCUCCGUUCACACCAAAGUACGGCUCCAAUUUCUCACGUUAUCAUUACCACUCAAUCAUUGUGGAACACAUUACAUAAGUGUUUAUCAAGGACCGACAUCCAACAGUCCUUUGAUAACAACAAUAUGCGACAAGAGCAAAAAAGACCACACUUUUCCCGGGCCAAACGUGCUACUUGAGUUCAGGGCUGGAGCUGCAAUUCCGCCGUACGACUACACAGGAUUCGUAGCCACUAUCGAAUUCAUCGAUGACUUGAGUACACAAUCAACCAGUACUGUAGCCACAUUGGAAGUAUCACCGUAUCCAGCCAUCGCAAUUCCGAGAAACUUGAGAAACGACCAAUCUUGUGAAAUGAUAAUCAAAUCGGCCGAUAUCAAGUCUGGACAUUUCGAUUUACGUGGUAUGCAAAAUUGGAAAACAAAUUGCACUAUUCGUUUUGAAGGAAGGGAACCGGAAAUUGUGCAUAUAUCCUUGUUCAACUACGUGCUAAAAGCCAGUUCUUGUGAAUCAUUUAUUGAAAUUUAUGACGGACCAGAAAUAAAGUCAAAAGAUAAAACUAAACGAUUGUGCAGUCCCGUAGAGAAUUAUGCUAGAGAUACAAAUGGAAUGUUUCGAGAAAGACAAAUGUUUGUUUCUUCAGGGAAUCAUUUGACGCUUUUCGUCCGCAGAUUAAUGGCAAAUAAUCAAGAUGAAGAGACCGAAUUUCUAGAUGGAGCCUAUAGUUUCUUUAAUGUAUUAGAAAGAGGAACAUUGCAACCGGAAACGUUAUGUGAUGUUAACUAUAAUGGCCGAAGCAGUUCAUCUAGAGGAAAACUGAAACAUCCAGGAACCGAACAAAUAUUUUGGAAUGUUGAAGGACAAUUGAAGUGUUCCCAAAACCUCAUUCCAGCUACCAAUCAAAGCAUAAGCAUCAAAGUAAUAUCAUUAAAUAAGAUGUCGUCAGACUUGUGCUACACCGAAUGUGGAGACAGCGGAUGUCGUUGUGUUAAAAAUGCUACAUCGGUCGUCGAUCAGCUAUACAUCAUCUCAACAAACGAUGACAUAUUGUCUUGCAUUUGUGGUGAUUUUCAGGCUGAAUGGUUACCGGUCACCGUCAAAUCAUGGUCACCCAUCAAGUUGAUAUACUCGGUAUCAAAGUACAGCUGGUCUAACAAAGGGUUCGAAUACUCGGCCGAGUAUUCGUUCAAAGACGACAUGGUGUGUGGUUAUCGGAUCAUUAACCAACAUACUGGCAUACUUGAAUCACCAAUAAUGAUCAGGGAUAGUCCACUCAAUUUCUAUUAUCAUCAGGAUUGCACAUGGUUACUGGAUUCAAAUGUCGAACGUCACUUGACCAUAGAAAUAGGAAGUUCACAAAGUCGUCCUUGCUCAGCGUGGAAUAUAAGCAUUCAUGAGUAUUCGGAAAGAUCAGAUGACAAAGCCGGUCAGAUACUAUACACAUUUUGCUCCAGAGAAAAAAAUUCAACCAACACGCUGCCGUGGCAAAUGAAUAUCGUAGUAAUCAAACUAAGAGCAAUGACACAAACUCCACCUCAAUAUUAUAUUAAAUGGAGAUCAGAUGUCGAUCGUGCCAGACUGUCCGGAUCGACGGCCCAUACAGCCGCUGCUAAUGGAUCACUAAAGUUGACAAGCAAUUGGACAAUAUUAUUAUUUAACAUCAUAUUUGUUUACGUAAAACAAAUGAAAAAUAGUUGAAUAGUUACCAGUAUGACUAAAGGAUGUUUUACAUAAUAUGUAGAUUUAAUUAAUGGUGUCUACAAAUAAUUGGACUAUAAACGAUUAUUUUUGGUUGUGACUGUUAGUGUUUGAUUGAUUUUGUGCCAAACUUUUAAAUGAACAUUUCGUUUAGUAAUUUAUUUAUUUACUACUAUAGAUAAUCUGAUAACUUACUGAAUAUUGUCAUAUCAUCAACUGAAUGAUAAAAUCAAUAGCAAAAUUCUA